UAUAAAAUGCUUUGUAACACCCCUUGGUCGCUAGUAGAUUUCAUUUUAUUCCCUAUUAAUAUGACUGUUGUUGGCUGUAAUCAUUGGAUUCUUGGGGAGUUCAACGUGAAGCAGAGAUUUUUUAAAGUCUACAACUCAAUGAGGAAUAGAGUUAUGGAUAAGAAAGUGUUGAAAGUUGUUGAAGCAUAUUCUACUUUGUUGCCCUUGUUUCUUUCUUUAAAUAAUUUUUAUGAGUCAAGGGAAGAUAUUGAUCUAAAUGCACAAGCAUUCAAGGGCAUUGAUAUGUGUCACCCGUUGGACAUUGUGUUUGAUGAUGAGGUUCCACAACAGAGUAACAACGAUUGUGGGAUUUUUAUCAUAAAGUUUGCUGAAUUUCUUAUGCAUGGACUUAUUGAAAAUAUCCCCAAUCCUCUGAAUGUUAGUUUCCAGAGAAACAAAAUUGCAGUCGAGCUAUAUGUCCAUGCUAAAAGAAAGAAAGAUGAAGGCUAUCUAUCUGAUGGGGAGUUCAGAGGAAGAAUGAGCAAGAAGAUGUUGAAUGUUAAUGCAAUGGAAGUAUGAGAGCAUCAAAGUAGUUAACAUUUUGGCUUUUAUCUUGUAAAGAAGAUACAUACUUAUGGCAAGAUAACUUUUGUGUCUUUGUUUUGCAAACUUUCAAGCAAGUAUCAUGUUUGAAUAUUUUGAAUACUGUGGCAUAUCAUUGAAUUUUGAUAUUAGCCCUUUUUUAUGAGGAAUGUUGUACAGAGGUGUCUCAAGUUUGUAACUUGAGUUCACAACUUUAUUUUUAU